AUGAAGCUAUCCAAUAUCGCACUCUUGACUCUGGCCACUGGCGCUAUAAGUGCCCCAGUUGUCGAACGAGGAGAACAUGUCGAAUACCGCUAUUAUGAAAGAAAGAAUGGCGGCGACUGGGUGCUGAUUGAAUAUGAUCCUCGCUGCCCCCCUGAGAAACCCGUGCAACCCAAGCCUGUGGUUUCUUACCAUGAGCCCAAGCCGUACCAUCCCGAGCCAAAGCCAAAGCCACACUACUACAAACCUGAGCCAAAGCCUUACCACCCAAAGCCGAAGCCUUACUAUCCCAAGCCGGAACACAAGCCCGAGCCAAAGCCUCACUACUACAAGCCUGAGCCCAAGCCUUACCAUCCCAAGCCAAAGCCUCACUACUACAAGCCGGAGCCAAAGCCGUAUCAUCCCAAGCCGUACUAUCCUAAGCCGGAACACAAGCCUUACCAUCCCAAGCCCUACUAUCCCAAGCCGGAGCACAAGCCGGAGCACAAGCCGGAGCACAAGCCGGAGCACAAGCCUGAGCAUAAGCCCGAGACAAAGCCUCACUACUCUCCCCCUGAGCACAAGCCUGAACACAAGCCCGAGACAAAGCCUCAUUAUCCUGCUCCGGAGCACAAGCCCCAGUCCAAGCCUUACGAACCUCCCAAAUAG